AUGGCCACAGAGCAUAGCCCAGGCCCAGGCCCCAGCUCCCAUCAACCCCCUGCAGAGGUGGUGACUCCAGACAGCGGUGCCGAGGGGCCCCUUUUGAUCAGGAGGAAGAGCAAGAGGCAAAAGUGGCCUCGAGGGUCCCAGAAGGUCAACGAUGGGGAGCAAACACUUGCCCAGGACCGUGAGGCUCCAGGGAGCAGCAGACACCCUUCAAGGAACAAAGAGAGCAAUGGGAAGCCAUCCGCAGUCCCACCUAGGCCAGCCUUUCUCCGCCAGUCCCAUCGGCGUCGUUCUGACUCCCAGGAGAACGCUGCUCGGAGGGCACACGGACCCCUGCUCAACCGCUUGUUUGGGAAGGACCGUGAGCUGGGCCCCGAUGAGCUGGAGGAGCUGCAGGCUGCCUUUGAGGAUUUUGACACUGAUCAGGAUGGCUACAUCAGCUACCGGGAGCUGGGCGACUGCAUGCGGACGCUGGGCCACAUGCCCACCGAGAUGGAGCUUAUCGAGCUUUCUCAGCAUGUGAAGAUGCGUAUGGGUGGCUUUGUGGACUUUGAGGAGUUCGUGGAAAUGAUAGGCCCAAAGCUGAGGGAGGAGACAGCACACAUGCUGGGGGUGCGGGAGCUGCGCAUCGCCUUCCGAGAGUUUGACAGGGACAGGGAUGGACGAAUCACAGUGGCAGAGCUGCAGCAGGCAGCACCAGCUCUCCUAGGGGAACCACUGGAGGGCACUGAGCUGGAGGAGAUGCUCGGAGACAUAGACCUCAAUGGUGACGGCACCAUAGACUUUGAUGAGUUUGUGAUGAUGUUGUCCACCCACUGA